CAUGGCGCAGAGAUCUCUAAACCAGGAAACUAUAACUUGUUGCAUCUGUUUGGAACUGCUGAAGGAUCCAGUGACUCUCCCCUGUGGACACAGCUACUGCAGGGACUGUAUCCAAACCAACUGGGACAAAAAACAAAGGUACAGCUGUCCUCAAUGUAGACAGAGCUUUGUCCCCAGGCCUGUCCUGGUCAAGAGCACAGUGUUAGCCAAUAUAGUGGACGAGGUCAAGAAGACAAAGAUCAGAGCGCCUUCUGCUGCCCACUGCUACCCCGGACCUGGAGAUGUGAGUUGUGAUUUGUGCACUGGGAGGAAGCUGAAGGCUGUCAGCUCCUGUCUGCAGUGUCUGGUCUCUUACUGUGAGACUCACCUCCAGCCUCAUCAUGAUGUGCCAGUACUACAGAAACACCAGCUGGUGGCGCCCUCUGACAAACUCCAGGAAAACCUCUGCUCUCAACACAAUGAGGUGAAGAAGUUGUUCUGCCACACAGAUCAGCAGCUCAUCUGUUCCCUCUGUUCUGUGGACCAACACAAGGGCCAUGACACAGUGUCCUCUGCAGCAGAGAGGGCCCAGAGACAGGCACAGCUGGAGGCCAACAAGUCCCUGCUGCUCCAGAGUCUCCAGCACAAAGAGACAGACCUGAAGAAGCUCCAACAGGACGCCCAGGACAUCAGCUGCUCUGCCCAGACAGCACUGCAGCAAACUGGGGACAUGUUCACUCAGAUGAUUCUUCUCCUGGAGGAAAUACGCUCUGAAGUGGAGCAGCAGAUCCAGUCUGAGCAUGAGACCAAACUGAGUCAAGUCCAAGAUCUCCAAGACCAACUGCAGAGGGACAUCUGUGAUCUGAAGAAGACCAUCUCUGAGCUGGACACACUGUCCCUCACUCCGGAUCAUAACCAGUUUAUACUGCACUGUCCUCCACUGUCUACACUCACGAAGGAGCUAGAGUCCAGGGUCCAGACCGGACUAAGAGGAGAAUUUGAGGACAUGACCAGAGCUGUGUCAGUGCUGAGGGACAAACUGCAGCUCACUCUGAGAGAGUUUAAACUACCUGAGCCAUGCACCAGAGAGGACUUCCUCAGAUAUGCACAGGACAUUACACUGGACCCAAACACAGCACACAAAAAACUUUCUUUGGCUGAUGGAAACAGAAAAGUCACAUUUAUGUAUAAAGAGCAGAGUUAUCCUGAUCACCCGGAGAGGUUUGUUAAGUUAAGGCAGGUCAUGAGCAGAGAGAGUCUGACAGGCCGCAGUUACUGGGAGGUGGAGUGGAGUGGGGACUGGGGGGUUCGGGUAGCGGUGUCCUACAGGAACCCUAUGAGACAAGAGACCACCAGUGAACAUGGAUUUGGGCACAAUGGUACAUCCUGGGCCUUAUUCUGCAAGAAAAGCAAGUACUCAUUUUGGUUCAAUAAUGUCGAGUCUGAGGUCUCAGGUCCACUUUCGUCCAGAAUCGGGGUUUACCUGGACCACAGUGCAGGGGCUCUGUCCUUUUACAGUGUUGAUGGUCAGAGUAUGAGCCUCCUCCACAGAGUCCACACCAACUUCACUCAGCCUCUGUUCGCUGGAGUCUGGAUUUACAAUGUUGGAGGCACUGCCCAUUUCAUUCAACCCAAAUAAAAUGUAUCUGACUGUUAGAAGGACUGUAGACAAUGGGAGUGUUUUAGGUGGUAAAUUAAAAAUGUAAGGAUUAUAUCUAAUUAUUCCCAUGCAAGUCUAAUUCAUUGUGUUUUUACUUGCUGAAUAAUUACUGCUGCACAAUACUAUUACUAUUACUAACUACUAUGAUAUAUCAUAUACAAAUUGAGGAGAAAUUUGUACAUUAUUAUUAUUAUUAUUAUCAUUUUUUUUAUAUAUAUAUAUUUUUAUAUAUCAUGGAGAACAUAAUCAAAACUAAAUCGAACUGUGUUAGGAGUGUUCAAUAUAUUGGAUCUGUCAUUGCUGCAUUGUUCACCUCUAACUGUAAAUUUGUGAUCAAACUGGUGACUCAGGUUAAGGGAUGAGUCAGGGUGUGGGCCUGUAAUUACAUGAAAAUAUGUAUUAAUUGUAUCAUAGUUAAGCAACUAUCUGAAAUCUGUUAACCAUUAACAGUUGAGUAUUCUUUUCACUGAUAAAAGUAAAUAAAUAAAAAAAAAAAUCUAAUAAAUUAUCACCACUAUGGAGUCACUAUUGAAUGAAAACAUGACAUGACAAAUGUUCAUCUUUCUAAUGUUAAUCUUGCUUCAUAAACAUUUAAUCUAUGUUUUUUCUUUACAAUUUUCAAAUCACAUACUUUUAAUAUUGCAUAAUUAUUGUCUCAUUUUGUGCAAGUGAAUUUUUCCAGUUGUUUAUUUACUGAUUCCAAUUAUAUACUGUUAU